AUAGUUGGGGGUUUUGUCAGUUUGAGGUGAGACAUGGAGUCGUUUGGUGGCAAAUGUGUUUGGGAUAGUUCGAUUUUGGAAGUGUCUGUCAUUCUGAUACACAAUUUGCUCUCGGAUUUCGAGGACUGGCUGAAUGAUGCCCUGGCUUCACUCUUUUCGCUUAAUGAUUUCGAGCUGGAUUUUUCUGAGAAUGGCUCGUUGGAAAUGCUAGACAUCAAGCGGGAUACCUUCAACGCUCACAAUAAUUACCGGACAAUGCACGGCUGUCCGCCUUUGAUGAUGUCCGAGGAGCUUAGCAGCAUAGCCCAGGGGUGGGCGGAGAAGUUGGCAGAAAAGGGUUUCCUGCAGUACAGCGAAAAUCCAGGCCUUGGAGAAAAUAUCACACUAGUCGACUUGGAUCAAUCUACAAAGAAGGGCGAACAGAUAGUGAAAGAAUGGUACAAAGAAAUCAACAACUAUAACUACAACAAACCUGGAUGGAAAAGAGGUGCCUAUCACGUCUCGCAGUUGUUGUGGAAAAGCACUACAGAAAUUGGAGUUGGUGUUGCCAAAGUCCCGGGACAAAAUAAAGCUUACGUCGUCGUCAAUUACAGACCUGCUGGCAACAACAACAUGCCCGGUGAAUUCGAACGCAACGUUCUGCCGCCGCAGAAGAAAGUAGUUCCUGAUAAUAACGUUAACAUGCGUAAAAAUAUAAACAGACGAUAAAUCUGCAAGAAUCGCUGCAUGUAUAUAUCGAACAUAAAAUCUUUGACAAUGCAAUAAACUCCGACACCGAGAAGAAAAAGACCAUAGUGUUUAUUUUAGAUGUAAAUAAACGAACUCUUAGUAUGUAACCGCGAGAGCUGAAGUUCCGAGUUUUAACUUGGGUUUCAUAAGAGGAUAGUUUGUAGAUUGACUAAAGAUUGACAUUUGUCGCCUGGAAAGUAUGAGGUUUGUAAUUAUUUAUGGCCAAAAUUGUAUUUUAAUACAUACAUU